CAACGCUUAGACAAAAAAAAUUAGUCCAACGACAAACAUAAACAAUGUCCAAAUUUUCUAUAUUGUGUUUAAUUAUUGCAUUGUUUUACAGUAAAGCUGUAACUUCCGAAAAACGGAUCGUUGGAGGACAAGCUGCUAGAGCUGGACAAUUUCCUUUUGCUGCUGGUAUUCACGUUACAACUGAUGAUGGUCGGUUCUUUUGUGGAGGAGUUUUAUAUAACAAUCAGUGGAUAAUUACAGCUGGUCAAUGUGUAUACAAUGCAGUCCUGUUUUCAAUUCAGUUGGGAUCUAAUUAUUUGACAGCCGAUGAUCCAAACCGUCUAGUUCUUGCCACAUCUUCGUACCUACUCCAUACGGACUUCAACCCAGAAACUCUUGAAAAUGAUGUUGGUCUUAUUCGUUUUCGAAUACCAAUUGAAUUUACUGACUACAUUCAACCAAUUUUUUAUCUACCUGCCAAUGAUAUGAAGCCUGACUAUGGGUUACUGGCUACAGGAUGGGGACAAAUUAGUGACGAUGAUGCUGAACUAACCGAUGAAUUAAAGUGGGUCACUAUAACUAGUUUAACCAAUGAUGAAUGCAAAAUAACAUACGGAGAUCAAAUUAAAGAUUAUAUGCUUUGUGCUGCUGGAAAUUACAACGAAGGACUCUGUAUUGGAGAUAUAGGUAGUCCUUUGGUAGAACUGAUAAAAUAUGGUAAUGGCUGUUUGGCUGGAAUAGCUAGUUUCUUUAGUGGCAAUGGAUGCGAAAGCACUGAUCCUUCAGGGUUUACAAGAAUUUAUCCUUACGUUGCUUGGAUCAGGAAUGUAACAAGCGAGUGAACAGUUCAACGUACGUAGUUCAUUAUGAAUGAACUACCUCCUCAAAUCUUUGUACGUACAUGUCUAUUUUCAAUAGUAAAAUAUCCUUAGUCCAAAUUAACAUCAGUGUAAAAAUUAGAAUGCAAUUGCUAAUAAAAUGUUCACCCCAAACAACAA